UCGGACCGGUCCGGCAGGUUUGUGCGGCAGAGCAGACGAGGCAUCUGGGCAGAAGGGCAGCAGGGCGGGGAGCACAGGCGCCUCUACAAGCAGGAAGAACAGGGAAAUAUGGUGCUCUGACACAGCGCCCAGGACAUCGACCGAGGCUUUACAACUGUUUUAAAACAAAUCUGCGGGGGUGCCUGAGGUCCUAAGAUGAGUCGGCGGGGGGUGACCUGGCAGGGCACCCACGGGCCCAAUGAUGAGGUCAUGCCAUACAGUGACGAUGAGACGGAUGAUGAACUGGAUGAGACCUCUGAAAGUGAAGCAGAGGAGGAGCCAGAAGUCCCACGUCCCCCAGUGGUACCAAGACCUGGUGAUAUCAACUGGAGGGUUAAAGCCAAUGAUCGGGCCUAUCAUCAGUUGCCGGAGUUCCAGAGAAAAGUCUUUAUGUGCAUCAAAAAGAGCAAAUAUUCUGGAAACGGCAUCAAGACGUACAAGUACAAUGUUCUCACCUUCAUCCCUCUCAACCUGUAUGAGCAGUUUAAGAGAGCAGCCAACCUCUACUUCCUGGCUCUGCUCAUUUUACAGAUCAUUCCAGACAUCUCCACUCUGCCCUGGUACACCACCCUGAUUCCUCUCGUUGUGGUAUUGGGAAUCACUGCAAUCAAAGACCUGGUGGAUGAUUUGGCACGUCACAGAAUGGACAAGGAAAUCAACAACAGGAAGUCUGAGGUCCUGCUUGAUGGAAGGUUUCAGCCAUCCAAGUGGAUGAAUAUCCAGGUUGGAGAUGUGGUUCGUCUCAAGAAAAAUGAUUUUAUUCCGGCUGACAUCCUUCUGUUAUCCAGCUCCAACCCAAACAGCCUGUGUUACGUAGAGACGGCUGAGCUCGACGGAGAGACCAACCUGAAGUUCAAGUUGGGGCUCAGAGUCACGGAUGAGCGGCUGCAGGAGGAGCGACAGUUGGCAGAGUUUAACGCACUGAUUGAAUGCGAGGAGCCGAACAACCGUCUAGACAAGUUCACAGGGGUGAUGCGCUGGAACGGGGACCGUUACCCUCUAGAGUUGGACAACAUGCUGCUCCGUGGCUGCAAAAUUCGCAACACGGAGGAGUGUCACGGGCUCGUCAUCUUUGCAGGAGCGGACACAAAAAUCAUGAGGAAUGGUGGCAAAACACGGUUCAAGAGGACCAAAAUUGAUGAGCUCAUGAACUACAUGGUUUACACGAUCUUUGCCCUGCUCAUUCUGGUGGCAGCGGGUCUGGCCAUCGGCCACACCUUCUGGUACAAGGACAUCGGCUCUAAGGCCUGGUAUCUGUACGACGGCAAGGAUCAAGAUGCUUCCUAUCGAGGGUUUCUCAGCUUCUGGGGAUACAUCAUCGUUCUCAACACCAUGGUGCCCAUUUCACUUUACGUCAGUGUGGAGGUGAUUCGUCUGGGCCAGAGUAAGUUCAUCAACUGGGACCUGCAGAUGUAUUUCCCCGAGAAGGACACGGCUGCUAAGGCUCGGACCACCACCCUGAACGAACAGCUCGGUCAGAUCCAGUACAUCUUUUCUGACAAGACGGGAACGCUGACGCAGAACGUCAUGCAGUUCAAGAAGUGUACCAUCGGCGGACGCAACUACGGUGAUCCAACCACUGCAGAGGGAGUGUCGCUGGACAGAGGAAGGCCGGUGGACUGGAGUUGGAAUCGCUAUGCUGACAAAAAGUUCCAGUUUAUGGAUAAUUUGCUGGUUGCUAACAUCCGGUCCCAGAAGGACAAAGACGCGCUGGAGUUCUUCAAGCUGCUGUCGCUCUGCCACACAGUCAUGGUGGACAACAAGGACGGUGACCUGGUGUACCAGGCUGCGUCUCCUGACGAGGGCGCUCUCGUGACAGCAGCCAGGAACUUGGGCUUCGUGUUCCUGUCCCGCACGCAGGACACCAUCACCAUCAAUGAGAUGGGGCGGGAAGCCACCUACGACAUGCUGGCGCUGCUCGACUUCAACUCGGACCGGAAGCGGAUGUCUAUCGUUUUGAGGUUUCCCGAUGGCCGUAUUCGUCUGUACUGUAAAGGAGCUGACACCGUUAUCUAUGAGCGCCUCUCCCCGAACUCCAGACACAAGGAGAGCACCCAGAACUCUCUGGACAACUUUGCCAAUGAGACCUUGCGGACGCUGUGCUUGUGUUACAAAGACAUUAGUGCCAGUGAGUUUGCAGCCUGGUCCAGGAGGCACAAGGAGGCCCAGGUGAACAUGGAGGACAGAGACGCUGCCCUGGACCAGGUGUACGAGGAGAUUGAGAAAGAUCUGAUGCUGAUUGGAGCAACAGCUAUUGAGGAUAAACUACAGGAUGGUGUUCCAGAAACCAUCGCCAAGCUGGCCAAGGCUGACAUCAAGAUCUGGGUCCUGACUGGAGAUAAAAAAGAGACUGCAGAGAACAUCGGAUACUCCUGCUCACUUCUGACGGACGACAUGCAGAUCCACUACGGAGAAGACGUAAAUGAGAAGCUGGGAAUGCGUCAGGCCAACAGACGAAAUCAAGCAGCUCCAAAUUUGACACGGGGCAAAAAGAAACCCGCAGAGCCGUUCUUCACUGAGCCUGGCAAGAACGCGCUCAUCAUCACUGGAGGAUGGCUGAACGAAAUUUUGUAUGAAAAGAAGAAGAAACGUCGCCGCCUCCGUCUUCGGCGUUUGGGAAAGCGCUCUCCUCCCAGCAACCCUCAAGACGGCCAACCAAUGGAUGACUUGGAGAAAGAGAUGAGACAGAUCGACUUUGUGGACAUGGCCUGCGAGUGCGAGGCAGUAAUCUGCUGUCGCGUCACUCCAAAACAAAAGGCCAACGUGGUGAGCUUGGUGAAGAAGUACAAGAAGGCUGUGACUCUGUCCAUCGGAGAUGGAGCCAAUGAUGUCAACAUGAUCAAGACUGCGGACAUCGGCGUGGGCAUCAGUGGUCAGGAGGGGAUGCAGGCCGUCAUGUCCAGCGACUAUGCCUUUGCUCAGUUCCGUUACCUGGAGCGCCUCCUGCUCGUUCACGGCCGCUGGUCCUACAUCCGGAUGUGCAAGUUCCUGCGUUUCUUCUUUUUCAAGAACUUUGCCUUCACCUUGAUCCAUUUCUGGUUCUCCUUCUUCAGUGGAUACUCCUCACAGGUGGCCUACGAAGACUGGUUCAUCACCCUCUACAACCUCGCCUACAGCAGCCUUCCUGUUCUACUAGUCGGACUACUUGACCAGGAUGUGAAUGACAGGCUAAGCCUCAAGUUCCCCCAGCUCUACCUGCCGGGCCAGAAGGGGAAGUUGUUCAACUUCAAGAAUUUCUUCAUCAGCUUAUUCCACGGCAUCUUCGUCUCGCUCAUCAUCUUCUUCAUCCCUUACGGCGCUUUCCUGCAGACCAUGGGGCAGGACGGAGAGGCUCCCUCUGACUACCAGUCCUUUGCUGUUGUAACUGCCUCAUCUUUGAUUUUUACUGUCAACCUGCAGAUCUCUCUGGAUACGUCUUACUGGACCUUUGUGAACUGCUUUGCUGUGUUGGGCAGCAUAGCCAUCUACUUUGGGAUCAUGUUUGAUAUCCAUAGUGCUGGAAUCCAUGUCAUCUUCCCCUCCAUGUUUACCUUCACAGGUGCAGCAUCAAAUGCCCUGCGUCAGCCCUACCUGUGGUUGACCAUCGUCCUCACAGUGGGCAUCAGUCUGCUGCCCGUCAUCUGCAUCCAGUUCCUCUAUAAAAGCAUCUACCCAUCUGUAGGAGACAAGGUGCAAAGAAACAGGAAGAAGUAUGAAAUGGAGCUGGAGGAGGAUGCAAAGAAAAAGCCGACACCUUUCCAGCGAGGCAGGCGUUCCCGUCGCUCCGCCUACGCCUUCUCUCAUUCCCAGGGCUACGCUGAUCUCAUCUCAUCUGGGCGGAGCAUUCGACGGCGCCCACCUAUCCGAGGUGGACCCCAGGACAGCAUAAGGGAGUUUCCCCAGAGAGAGGCUGAAAAUAUCUGAGGAGUAGCUGAGUGUGCGACAGCAAAGCUGGGGAGUGGAAGGGGGGUUGGGGGGUUCUCAAGCUUUUACAGAUGAAAUGAGGAGCCCGGGUUGGGACCAAAAUGUUGCUGAAGACUUGAAUGAAAUGCUCCCAAGUAAUGUUUGCUCCCGUCUGUGACCUAGACUCGCUGUAUCUUGUUGAUCUCUAUGCACAGACUCUAAGAGAAAAACAAGUAAACCCAAGGGGCUCAAUCUGAACCCAAGGGACAACUGCUGUUACUGGAGUUCCAGGUCAUUGUCAGUCAGUGUGACCAAUGCUGCUGUUUAACUCAGGAUUGUUCUUGUUUUUUU